AUGAAUAAGAGGUUAUGGGAAAAAGAUCGGGUACACACCAUAGAGAACAACAGGAAUAACAACUCCAAAAUAUUUUUCGAAAAAGCAAAUGAAGUUAAACGUGGAUAUCAAAUUAGACCAACAGUUAUGAAGAAGCAUGAUGGAUCCUUACUAACGCAGAGUAAAGAAAUUGCGAGUGAAUUCAAAGAUAUGUUCGAAAAAUUGUUAAACCAACCAAAUGAAAAUAACCCCAUACUUUAAUACUCUACUGUAGAACAGCAGCUUGAAAAACCAUCAGAGGACAAAGUGAAGAUGGGACUAGAUAUGCUAAAAAACGGGAAAGCACCGGGAGAUGAUGAAAUAGUAUAUGAAUGCCUAAAAACGGGAGGCCAAGGUCUACUGAACCAACUCCACAAACUUAUGAACACAAUCUGGGAACACGAGGAGAUACUCGAAGCAUGGCGUAUAUCCAUCAUAUGCCCUAUACACAAAAAAGGAUGCAUCAUGGAAUGUGAAAACUAUAGAGGGAUCUCACUACUCAAUACUUCAUAUAAACUAUUGUCCAACAUACUACUGACUAGAAUUAACCCAUACAUCAAAGAAAUAAUUGGAGAGUACCAAGCUGGUUUUAAGCUAAGAAAAUCAACAAUAGAUCAAAUACACAUUGUAAAACAAGUUGUUGAGAAGAGUCACGAAUACAAUAAAGACACAUAUCUACUAUUUGUUGACUUCAAAGCAGCGUAUGACUCAAUCAACAGAGACAAACUAUGGGAAGUCAUGGACCAGUUAGGAAUACCAGCCAAGUUAACCAGAUUAAUAAAAUCGUGUACGUAUAAUUCAAAAAGUAAAAUUNCAUAG